GGGAAUUAGGCUUGGAUGGUAGACUUGGUGUGGAUAAGAACGAACCACCCAUCUACCUCCCUCCCCCUCCCUCACCGCCUCCAUUUCCAAAGCCCUCUUCCCAAACUCUCCCUCUCUCUCUCUCUCCCUCUCUCUCUCCAUACACUAAAACGGAAGAGAAACAGAGCCCUGCCAUCAUCCUGUUGCUUCAAACUGGCGAUUGAUAAUCAGGAAACCACUGUCAAGCCUAAGAACAGGCGAAUCAUGGGAGCUGGUGGACCGGAGGAGGAAGACAACCGGUGGCCGCCGUGGCUGAAGCCGCUGCUGCGAGAGAGCUUCUUCGUCCAAUGCAAGUUGCACGCAGACUCGCACAAGAGUGAGUGCAAUAUGUAUUGCUUGGAUUGUAUGAAUGGCGCUCUCUGUUCUCUCUGCUUGGCUGCUCACAAGGAUCACCGCGCCAUCCAGAUUAGGAGAUCAUCAUACCAUGAUGUGAUCAGAGUGUCUGAGAUUCAGAAGUAUUUAGACAUCACAUCAGUUCAGACCUACAUUAUCAACAGCGCCAAGGUUGUGUUCCUGAACGAAAGGCCACAGCCGAGGCCCGGCAAAGGGGUCACCAACACCUGCGAAGUAUGCGAGCGCAGCCUCCUCGAUUCCUUCCGAUUCUGCUCUCUUGGUUGCAAGAUUGUUGGGACAUCGAAGAAUUUCCAGAGGAAGAAGAAGCAGUCUCCGGAGAAGAAGCGGGCGGCAGUGGUGGCGUCGGACUCCGACGACUCGUACAGCAGCAGCAGCCAUGGCCGGCAGGGCAAUAACAACAGGGUCCAGAGCUUCAGUCCGUCAACGCCCCCCGCAACUAUGGUUAAUUACAGAACGGCCAAGCGAAGAAAGGGAAUUCCACACAGAGCCCCAAUGGGAGGCCUCGUUAUAGAAUACUAAAUUACUCUGAAGACCCCGUAUAAACAUUAGUUUGCGGGAAGCCCCCAGAAGCCAGUGUAUUGUACAUAGAUGCAGCAGCGAGUAGAAGAAUAUGUUGAAAAUAGAUGGGCUAGAGUGAGAAUAAGACAAUGUGCAAUUGACUGAAAUAGCCGAAGACCAAAAAAAGGGAAAAAAACAAGAGAAAAAGGAAAAAAAAAAAAAAAAGUUGUGGACUAGAAAAAGAAUAAGUUUUAGAUGAGGAGGAGGAGGAGGAGGAUGAUGGGUAUAGGAGGUGCCUUAGUGGAGUGGUUAAUGUUAUAUACGCAACAUAAGUUUUGUUAGUUUUUGUUACAGUGUGGGUAUAAUUGUAAAUACACUUUUGUGGGAGGGGUUGGCCAGUGAAAUCAGAAAUGAAAAUGCAACUCCUUGGAAAUGGGAGGCUGUUUAUAAUGUGAAAUUUGAAAUAAUAGAACAUACCCAUUUAUAGUUA